GGAAUCUCCUAAAAUCUGCGAUCGACUCUUCUGCUCUGCUGGAUUUCAAGAUGGCGCCGCUCUCAUCUUCCACACGUGAGGUGUUCAGUGAGGCAGUUCGGGCUGUUUUGGAAACUUGGCCGGUGCUACAAAUAGCGGUGGACAACGGCUUCGGUGGAGCGUUCAGUCAGCAGAAGGCAGAGUGGAUGGUGGACGCGCUGCAGCAAUACUUCACCGACAACGAUGAUCUCCAGCAGGACGAGGUGGAGGACUUCAUCUCUGAGCUCAUGAACAAUGAGUUCGACACAGUGGUGGAUGAUGGCAGUCUGCCUCAGGUGGCACAGCAGGUGUGCGGGAUGUUCCAGCAGUGUGAACAGGGCAGAUUGUCGGAGGUCAGAGAGCAGAUCCUUCAACUGAACCAGAAGACGACGAGCAGUGGAAGAGCCAAAGCCACUCCUGCACAAACAUCUCAGGAUGAAGAUGAUGAUGACGAGGAGGAAGAGGCUAUGGAUUGUGAAGGAGGAUCAGCGGGAGCUUCAGUCAGUAGUACAACAGUGAAUGAUCAUCAUCAUCCUGAGGAGGAGGAGGAAGAUGACGGAUGGACAGUCGUGCGCAGAAAAAAGUGACCAAACUUUCACUAGUAGGAUUUAUGACAUUUAAAGACAUUCUAAGGGCUUGUGUCGCUUCUACUUAGGACUUUUCUGCUUUUUCAGCCACUGAUAUAAAAUGGUAGGAUCUCCUCAGUCAACCCCAUGUCCUACCUCUGGAGCACAGAUUGGAUGUUGUCCAGGGAAAUUCAGGUGCAUAUACAGUCAUAUACAGUCAUUUAUCACAGUUUCUCUGACUUCAUCUGAACAGUGAAUGCAUUUAUUUAUAAGCAGUAGGUUAAUGCCUGCUCCUCUGUCGCCCCCUUGUGGAACAAUAGAAUAACAUAACUGCAGCAGUGGUGAAUAUGCUGUUUAACAGGCACACUAAGAGAAAAACCUGCAGUUACAGAGCUUGUUAAAUGAUUAACAUCGCCACUUAAAAAUCAAAUGUACGUUACUCUCACAUUUUAAAUAAAAAAUAUUGUCUGUUUUCA